AUGUUCUUGAAGGCAUUAUAUUUAGUGAUAUGUGCAGUAGGCAUAGCAUUGGUAUACAAUGCUUGGAAAACAGCAAUGGAAGUUAAAAAAGAACAAAUAGAAGAAGACAUCAUCAAUGCAUGGGAGAAACACGUUGUGUCACCAUCAGUGACAUUUCAGAAUUUACACGUCGGAAUCAACUCUAAUGUUGACCUGAUUAUUCCGGCUGUUGCUCUGCUGAAAGCUCUGACAGUGCCAUCUGGAACAAAGGAAAACAGGGAUGUUUUAAAUAAUGUUGAAGACCUUCGAGAUACAUUCGCACAUUUCUUCGCAAAAGGCUCUGCUGCAGAAAGAGCUUUCAUGAAUAAAAAAGUAUUUCAGAGGAUCAUUUCUACUGCAAAGAUGCUGGAAAGUUCUCAGUAUUAUAUUGGAGGCAAUGCAGCACUGAUGGCAAGUAUAAUAUCGGAACAGUUUCCAGAAGUGAAGAUAAAUUUUGUUGGGCCAGUUGGACCAAAGUUAUUAGAGAUGCUUCCAAAAUCUAUGAACAUUCCAAUGGCUAGUCACAUUGCUUCAGACGAAGUACAUUUGAUCAUGGAGUAUGGAGUUGGCGAGACUUGGGGAGACCUGAAGAGCCCUGUUGCCAAUCGCUUCAUUACAAGUUAUGAUGAGUCAAAUUCACAAGCAACCAUGCUGGAAACAUUCUUUGAGACACUUGACACCUCUAAGACUGAUCUGGUUCUUUUAUCAGGACUACAUAUCUUAGAAGGGCAAUCAAAAGAUUUCUUUGCAAGAAGAAUUCAGGCUGUCUGUGAGGGCUUAAAUGAAAUUCCAAGGUCUUUGCCAGUGCAUUUAGAGCUGGCAAGUAUGGCAAAUGAAGACUUUGUUAAACAGAUCCUAAUAAAGGUAAUUUCGAAAGUAUCAUCCCUAGGGUUGAAUGAACAAGAACUUGCAUUUGCCUCCCUGGCUGGGGAUGGUCCCCAUAAUUUAGAUUUCCACCAUCAAUCUGGUCCACCAGAAAUGUACAAGGCCAGUGAUAUGAUCAUGUGGUUGCUCCAACACUAUGGUCACUCAUCUCAUAAUAGGGAAUCAAGACUGACCAGAGUCCACUUUCACUGUCUUUCAUAUCAUAUUAUUGGAAAUGUUAAAGGAGCUUGGGCAAAUUCUGCUGCUGCUGUUGCUGCAGGAUCAAGAAUGGCUGGGAAACAAGCAUGUGAUGUACAACAAUUAAAUUCUUCUAUUGUAGAUUUAAAAAUUCCAAAAUAUUUCAAAGCAUUCUCUAAUGAUGUUGAAAGAGAAUUUGAUCCAAAUAAUCCUGUAAUAUCAUGGGAAACAAAUGAAUUUGAGUUUUCACUCAGUCCAGUAUUAGUAUGCAAUGAUCCACAAAAAACAGUUGGUUUAGGGGACUCUAUAUCAGCUACAGGUCUCAUGUUCUCUCAAUACUUAUAUGCAUCCAAAUAA